CCAGGGUCACCUCCCGUUUUGUCGUUAUCGAGGAUGAAGCAAGAGAAUAAGUGGGGGCUCGAAGACGUGGACGAGACGCCGUACAAGGAGGCUGGAUCUCCGCGGCAUGCUGCGCUGACGAUCGAGGAGCAGCAGACUAACCAGGAAGCAACGCUCGACGAGAUUCUUGCGGGGACCAAGAGAAUCAAGAACACAGCAGGAGGUUUGAAUGCCGAAGUCGUGGCACAGAAUCAACUGAUUCAAGACAUCUCCCAGAAUGCAACCCAGGCAACGUCGGAAGUCGAGCGCCAAGCUAGCGUCGCCGCCGCCGUCUCGAAAAAGCGCAAGCAGCUAUGCUACUAUUACACAAUCAUUGUCGCCUUGAUCGCAGCGCUCGUUCUCAUCAUUUACCUAUAAGCCACCAUUGCUGUAGCAAACACGAGCUGGCA